AUGUCGAACCUCACAAAACUUGAAUUUGCGGCCCUUGAUAUUACUGGAAAGAACUAUUUGUGUUGGGUGUUAGAUGCCGAAAUUCACCUAGAUGCAAAGGACCUUGGUGAUACAAUCAAAGAAGGAAAUAAAGCAACAAGUCAAAACAAAGCUAAGGCUAUGAUAUUUCUUCGCCAUCACCUCCAUGCGGGUCUUAAGAUUGAGUACUUGACUGUAAAAGAUCCACAAAUCCUUUGGAGUAAUCUAAAGGAGAGAAUUACUUCACAAUUGAAGUUAUGUGGAGAGAAAAUCACUGAUGCAGAAAUGUUAGAGAAAACAUACUCUACCUUUCACGCAAAUAACAUUGUCCUGCAGACACAAUACCGUGAAAAGGGAUUUAAGAAAUAUUCUGAACUUAUAUCUUGUCUCCUUGUGGCUGAGCAAAACAACGAGCUAUUAAUGAAAAAUCACGAAUCCCGUCCAACUGGCUCUACUCCAUUCCCUGAAGCGAAUGUGACAUCCCAUAAUGGGAAAGAAAAAUAUCAUGCCAACAAUAGCGGUCGAGGACGUGGUCAAAGACUUGGACGUGGACUUGGAUAUAGAUAUGGUCAAGGUCGAGUCCGAGGUGGUUCUUUCAAGAACUUGUAUCCCCACCAGAAGUGGGACAAUAAAGAUGGUAACAAACAAGAGAAAGAUAAAAGCGAGAAUGUGACCAAUGGAAAGAAAGUAGAAACAAAUCUUGUGUACGAAGAUGGCGAAGGUGACUUUGAUUGUGGCAAUACAACUCACCUGGAAGUUGCUGAUUUUCUCACCACCCCUGAAGGGAAUAAUUAA